CACUCCUCUCUGUCUGUCUCUGCAGAUCCUGGCUUGCUUCUGCUCGCACUGCUCCCCCUGGCCUCGCUCGGACUCUACAGCGGAGACACGGAUUUCUACGAAACAUCUGGAGGCGAGCUGCAGAAGGAUGCGCUCGCGCCAGACCACAAGUGGCUUUCCAUCGCCAGACAGAUACGGAAAGACAUCGCGAGCGUCGGGGAGCAGUUGAAACGGGACUUCCCAGAAAGCGAAUUCCCCAAAGCGAAGAUUGAUACUCCGCUCCUGAGCUCCACUGACGGGUGUCUGCCCUCCGACUUCAGCCCGCAAAAAUGUCUGCAGCGGAUCUACCAUGGUUUGCGGGUGUACCAAGCUUACCUGCCCUAUAUAGAGAGAGAGAACCUGAUGUCAGCUCGCAUGAUGGACGUUAAAGUCGGGACCACCAGGCUGUUACAUUUAAUCAAAGAAACAGUAAAAGUAAAUGAAGAAGUUCGCCCGACCUCCUUACCUGAUGCUUCAGUGUGGACACGGAGAAGAAACAUAUACUUAAUUCUGUCCAACUUCGCAGACUUCAUGACUGAUACCAGCAGGGCGAUCAAUUACAUGAAGACUACGAAAUUAAUGCAACACAUGGCGAAGGAACACGGGUGGCCCUCCAAACACGAGCAAUGA